AUGACACGAGCCCGGAAGCAAGUCACCAGAUCAUUCUCCGCCUGUUGGACAUGUCGCCGGCGGCGUGUCAAGUGUAAUGGCAUUGGCCCGCCAUGUAACCCGUGCAAAAAGCACAAGAUUCAGUGCGAAGGCUACGGAAUCGAAUUGGUUUGGGUAGAUCCCAAAACAGGCACGUACCCGCCAUAUUGUCGCCGGAGCAUGGAUUUCGAACAAACAUGGCGUGGCAGGCCAAUCUUAAACGAAGGGCAACUACAGCGCUUGAUCGACGCAAUGGACGACAUUGAUCCGGCAUUUUCCCAGCGCAAGUCGUCCUCAAGUCCAUUCACAGUAUUCAGAAUUGCCCGAUCAAAUAAACGCCCGGUAUCGGACAGCCCUACUACUGACAUAUCGUCGUUGAGCCAUCGAUCUGUUGAGUCCCUGUCGCCAUUUUCUCCAUCGAACAGAUUCUCAUCACCCUUUACGGAAAGCGAUAAUUCUCUAUCACCAUCACUAACACCUACCAUCACCGGGUUUUUAUCGAUGCCGAAAGAUGAAGCCAUGAUGUUUUAUCACUACGUGACGUGGAUAGCACCUCUGAUGAUUCCUGUGGACAGCACCGAGAAUCCUUGGAAAUCAGUGUAUCCCUCCACAGCCCUUCAGGAUACUUCUCCGGCUUCACGCGCUUUAUAUCAUGCGAUAUUAGCUCAGUCAGCUUUCAAUAUAUUCAAUCUACAAAAAGGCAACCCAGAAUCCCAUCGCGAAAGAGAAUCUGUCGCCUUGAAGCAUUAUGGAGCUUCAUUAAGAGAGCUGAGUAAGAGCUUGAAUGUCACGAAGGAAACGGAAUAUGAUGCCUGCGCUGCUACUUUAUAUACGCUUAUGAUAUCCGAGGGCAAUGCGCGUGGCUCAGUGGCUUGGAGGAAUCACUUUGACGGUGUCGGAGGCUUCGUCACCCACUUUGUUCAGCAAAAGCCAUGGACCCGAUCCACGCACUCUUGGGUAAUAUCCCAAAGCCUUGCGCUCUCGUUUGAAAUAUCACAGACAGUCAAUGUCAAACCUUACGGUCGAUCGUCGAUAACAGAUAUUCUGUUAGACAGCGUCGCGUCGCGCCACAAUUUUGGGUACACCAUAGGCGCAAGCUGCGAUGUUUUAAAAAUCAUUUCGUCAAUAAGACUUUUUGCAGAAAAAAUCGCACUCGGCGAUAUUCCUGAUGAUCUCGGUAUUUUGAUUCAGUCGUGCCUCGUUGAGUUAUCACCUCUCAAUAAUAGCAACUUCGAUAUGGAUCUCGAUAUACCAGACCGCGAUAGUGUUCUGGAGUCGCUGCCAGAAACGCAGCAGCACAAGUUUCUAGACUGCCUACAUCUCCGCCUUUUUCGCACCGCAACACUCAUAUAUCUACACCAAGCUAUCCUCAAAGUUCCCCCGCGAGGCGUUCGGAAAUAUGUCAAAUCUGUCCUUGAAGAUGCUAUGACGUUCAUCCGCAUGCGAGGAGGCUCGAUAUCCAUGUGGCCAAUCUUCAUUGCUGCGACCGAAGCUACUGAAGAGGAAGAUCAAUUGAUGGUCGAACAGUGGCUAACGAUAUCGAGCCAACUUGGAAUGCAAAAUCGCUUGAUAGCUAGAAAACUUCUUCAUCAAAUAUGGCAUGAACGGUCUGAAGAAGCAGCUGCCAAUGGUUUGGAUCCAGAUCAAGUGAUAAAAGACUGGAAGGCAGUCCAACGAAGAUUAGGGUUUGAUCUUUUACUUUUGUAA